GUCGCCAUUCAGAAUCGUGAUCUCUGCAGGGAACACAGCGCCGGAGACAUCUGACGGGGGACAGCGGCCAACAUGAAGCAUUUUCUGAGAGUGGUGACCCAGUUCUUUGUCUUCCUCUACUGUAAAUGUCUGUGGCGAGGCCUCAAGUUCGUUGUCAGGAAGUUUACGGGCCGCUGCGAACUGCAACGAAUCUGCUACAACAACAAGCACGGAGCCCGCAGGACCCUCAAGAUAGAGUCGUCUCUGCGAUACUCCAAAAAUGAGCUGCUGCAGUCUGCGCUCAGCGUCCAUCCCGAUAAAGUGGAGAAAACCAUUGACGACAUCAUGGCAUUGAAGAAAAUUAAUCCCGACACCAACCCACAGCUGGGCAUCUCUCUGCAGGCCAGCCUGCUGCAGAUUGUGGGCUACAGGAACCUGGUGGCAGAGGUGGAAAAGCUGCGCAGGGAGCCUUAUGACUGUGAAAACUCGGAGCAUGAGGACAUGCUGAUGAAGCUCUGGAAGGAGCUGCGUCCUGACACGCCUCUCAGCGGCCGCAUCUCCAAACAGUGGUGUGAGAUUGGGUUCCAGGGUAGCGACCCCAAGACUGAUUUCAGGGGCAUGGGCCUCCUGGGCCUGCACAAUCUGUUGUAUUUUGCAGAACAUGACAAGGCCACCGCUCUGCAGAUGCUCCACGACUCCCUGCAGCCGAAGCACAAUGAGACAAGCAAGCCUGAAUGGGAGCAGAAAAACCUCGACAAAGCGAUCGGCUAUUCAUUUGCCAUCGUGGGCAUCAACAUCACAGACCUGGCCUACUCUCUGCUGGUGAGCGGAGCGCUGAAGACCCAUCUGUACAACGUGGCUCCAGAGAUGCCCAGCCUGCUGCACUUCCAACAGACCUUCUGUUACUUGAUGCAGGAGUUUCACCGCUUCUGGAUCGAGGAAGACCCCAGCGACAUCAUGGAGUUCAACCGCGUUCGCUCCAAGUUCCACCGCAGGAUCCUGCGGCAGCUGAAGAACCCGGACAUGGCUCUGUGCCCCCACUUCUCCGCCUCCGACCUCCACCUGGUCAACCUCUAAACUCCACCCUCAACCAACCACCCUUCCCUCACUUAACCCUUCACCCCCCCCCCCGGCAGAGGUCUCUUGCCCGGAUGUCCGGUACGCUGAGGAAAUUAAAAAA